AUGAUUCGUUCGCGUGAUGACGAAUCUUCAAACCCUGCCGGCUCCGAUACCAUGCCGGCACUCUCAACUGACACCGGAAGCUCCAACAACGUCACGCCAAUCAUCAUCGGAGUGGUUGUGGGUGGCGUUGCAGCCAUUGCCAGUAAGACUCCUAUCGAGCGGUUAAAUUUCCCAAAAGAUGUCCUGGUACUGACGCAAGUGUGA